AUUUCCCUUCGGUUCCUCUGUUCCUCUCAUGGCGAGAGAGACUGACAGAGAGAGAGGAGCAUUUAAAACUCGUAAACCCUAGUUGUUGAUCCGCUCACCUAACCUAUCAAUGCGAAAGGCCACCCAUCCCCUCUACUGGAGAUUCUCCUCCGACUCGCAUCUAUAAAAAUUAGAUCACCGAUUUCGCCUUUGUGAAGAAGCCAUCUCUAACCGGACUCGAUGGCGGGUUUUCUCUCUAUUGUGAAGCGAAUCUACCUAUCCAUCUACAACUGGACUGUGUUCGUCGGAUGGGUUCAGGUAUUGUACUUUGCUCUGAAGGCUUUGAAGGAAUCCGGGCACACGGCGGUGUAUGAUGCGGUUGAGAGGCCUCUGCAGCUUGCUCAGACUGCCGCAGUCAUGGAGAUUUUUCAUGGCCUUGUAGGACUGGUAAGGUCUCCAGUGACGGCAACUUUGCCUCAGAUUGGUUCAAGAUUGUUUGUAACUUGGGGCAUCUUAUGGAGUUUCCCCGAGACUAGACAACAUCUACUAGUUAGCUCGCUGGUGAUCAGCUGGUCCAUUACAGAGAUUAUUAGGUACUCCUUCUUUGGUAUGAAAGAGGCACUUGGCUUUACACCUUCCUGGUUCUUAUGGCUUAGGUACAGCACCUUUCUGAUACUGUAUCCAACUGGCAUCACCAGUGAGGUUGGCUUGAUAUAUACUGCCUUGCCCUACAUCAAGGCAUCUGAGAAGUACUGCAUUAGGAUGCCCAAUACAUGGAAUUUCUCCUUCGAUUACUUCUAUGCAUCCAUUAUUGCUCUUGGAAUCUAUGUCCCAGGCAGCCCUCACAUGUACCGUUAUAUGCUUGGGCAGCGGAAGAAGGCUCUUUCCAAGUCUAAGACAGCAUAGGCCUGAUCAACAAGGACAUAUUAUGGCAUAUUUAUUACGGUGUUAAAAUUGCUGCUACAAAAUUUUCAACUAGCAAAGCUUAUUAUCUGUACAAGUUUAGAAGCUACUAAAUGUUGGGAUUCAAAUGAAAGAAUGUCUUAUUUCUUUGUGCCCUUUAUCUGGUCUAA